AUGGACCGGUCUCUCCGCUUUCAGAGCAUCGGAAAUUUGGCGCGUGCGGGGCACGGCUUCGCUGACGACGUAACAAUGUGCCAACUUGCCGAAUCCGUCUUCCGACUUUCCGCACAAAAUUUGGACUUUCCGCUCCACUUGAUCAUGUCGUUGCAGGGUAUGCAGACACACCAUCGAGCACGCUACCAUCCGCUCAACUGCUUCUGGAUGCCAUCGCCAGCCUCAAAUCGCCCAUCGGCAGCGGCGCUGUCGCCCUUCGGCCGCAACAGCCAGAACGCUGCUCUGCUCGCCAAAGCGAACAAGGCUGGCUCGACGCCCCCGUCCUCACCAGCAUCCGGCAGCUCAAGCAGACAAGCACCUUCCACACCAAAGUCGUCGAAAGCAGCAGCACUCGGCAAUGGAAACACUGGCGGUGGGAACAACCGUAGCAUCUCGCUUUCGUCCAGGUCAUCUCCUCAGCCAUCGAGUCGAUUGACAUCGCCUCCAACACCUGGUCCGAGCUCCACCGUUUCCAUCUACGACUCGACCGGACUGCUAAGCAGAGAUUUUGAGACGACGUACCAUCGACAAUGUCGGACGCUGCUCGCGGCGUUUGUAGCGGCAGCGAGGAUGUGGGAAGAAAUCGCUACGUUUGACGGGCUCAAGUGGGCGAAGGAGGCUGUGGAUGGGUGGGAAGACGUGUACGCUGCGAACAAGCUCGGUCAGCGUGAUGCGAAUGCGCCGCGUCGAGCGAGAGGUCCUCCAUCAGCAUCCAUCACAAGAGCACAGGACAAGAGGAAGGCAUUGGCCCUGGAUUCCAAGCAGGCACACGAUCCCAUCCUAGGGCCAGGCGGGUUGAGAGAAACGAGGCUAGCCGACGCAGUAGAGCGGAUAGAAGCAGCACACGAUGGACUCGCGACUGUCAUGGAUCGACUCGGUAAAGCGCUCAACAAGCUCACUACGGCAAGCGACUCGCUAGCCGCACUGUUGGACGAGGCGUCGCAACGCAAAGGGCUCGAGUUUGCGUUUCAAGAUCCGAUGUGGGGCACCUGGCCGAUGGAACGGUUCGUCGAACGGGUCUUGGAUCUGACGAGACAGUAUCGCAUCUCAACCCAGCACCUGCAGCUUCUGGUCCCGACAUUGAUCAAAUCCGGCGAGCCGCCUGCUUCGACUGGCGCGCGCAAACAUGCAGAACAAGAAGCGGUGGAGAGGCGGAGCAAGCAGAGACGGGCAGCUUACGAGGCGUGGAUCGGUCUGCCGUACCUCGAGACGAGAGGAUCGCAGAGCUUGGUAGGGUUGGAAGCGGUGUGCGAGGUUGAAGUGGGUCGGUGGAAGGAGUAG